AUGGCUGGGCGGAUAUCUAAUAACACAAGGUUGAAUUCUAAAGCAGUUGAUGGGAAUGAAAUGUUUCUGGGUCUAACUGCUGUUUCUCACAAGACUGCUGGCUUAGACCGCAUACAGAACUGCGAUCUUCCUCCGCCGGCAAAACUAUUUACGGGUUCGGUUCAAACUAUUGUGUCAUCCAUGAAAAGGAUUUGCAGCGUGAACUCGGAUCGCGACGCUGAUCACAGGGACGAUCAGUUUGACAUGGAUGGAAACGGAAUUGACGGAGAGAAUGAGAAGCUGGAGCUUCUGAAGGCGCUGAGGCUGUCGCAAACGAGAGCGAGGGAGGCGGAGAAGAAGGCUGAGAGGUUGGGGAAGGAGAAAGACUGUCUCGCUAAUGCGUUGCUUGCGGAGGCUAAAGAGUUGUUUGCUUACAGGCAAUGGGUGAUGUUGCUUGAGCUUCAAGUUUCAAAGUUGCAGUCGCAUUGGGCGGAGCAAGGGAGUGAUCAGCCGAGUUGUGGUUGUGGCAGAUCAAAAGGAGGUGACGGUGGGGAUGGCAUCACUUGGGUUGUAGCUUUGGCACUUUGUUUUGGCAUCGCCGGCGUAGGCUUGGCAUUCGGUUGCAGAUACUUGUACUGA